AUGGAAAAAAUGAUGCCUUCUGAAGAAGAAGUUUUGCUCUUAUGCAAGAAAUACGACAAGAUGAAACCAACCGUUCACGAUGUCAUGAAAGACGCGGAGAAUCUCAACAAAAACUUUUCGUCCGCUGGCGUUUCUCUGAUCCUAGAGUGUAGAUUGCUAACUGCAGUUGCAAAUCAUCCUUGUUUUCUUCCCGAAAAUCCUCUUAAUGCUGAAGUACAAGUGAAUUCACUGCUCCCGUACCUGUCCUCUUCCUGCUCUUGGGUUCGAUCCAUGGCUUGCAGCCUUAUGAGGGUUUUUGCUUCGCGAUUGGAUCCCAAAGGUCAGCAAAUAGAAACACAAGGUGAGAAAAAUGAGACAGCUGAUGAAUAAGUCUUCAGGUUGUGUCAUUUACGUUAUAUCUGAGUGUGAACUUGUACCCCUCGUGGAGUGGUGGAAGUUUAAGGGCGAGAGGAGAGGCAAUACCACUGUUGAUAGUCUAAGAUUUUUAACGUGAGCUCUCCUCUUAUUUAAAAUAAUCUACAAGAAACAAUGGCCUUGUCGCAACCAGGCUGGCAAAAAUUGCAACCUUUUGUCUUUCAAAGUGUUAAGAUUUAAUCACAUCAUGGCAAUAUUUACCCAGAUUCCCACUAAAUGAACACCCAUUCCCCAAGGUAACUUAUUCCCACUCUAAACAUUUAUAGGACCAUUCACAUUUUCUUUUAUUUUUUUUUUCUGGUUCUUUGCUGUACUUUGAUAUAUUCAGUGGAAAUCAAGUCAUACCUUUUUGUAACACUGCAUGAUUAGUUUUUGCUUUUUGUUUUUGUCAUCUAGUCAUUAUAGUUUGCAAAAAUCUUCAGACAACUUAUGAGGAAUCUUUUGCGGUUAAGGAUACAAGGUCAGAGCUGUUUAUUUGAAAGAUUAUCAGCUUACUGUACAAUUGUGUAAGUCACAGAUGAUGUAAGCAACUCAAACAAAGCUAAUACAACCCACAGAUAAUUCAUCAACCUCUCCAAUUUUAGAAAUAACCCACAUGUUUUCUCCUCUGCUGUUACUGUCCUUCAAGAAAAUGACCUCACACAUUGACCUUGUUAACUUGGAAAAAGAUCAACCCUCAUGGACCAACAAAAUUCACAACUUUACCAUGAUUUCACUACCUUCCUGUGUCACUAUUUAACAAAGGCACUAAUUCCAUUCCUACUACAUUGUUAAUAUCCACUUGACAUAUUGGUGAGUUGUAACAUGUCAAUUACUGCUCCCCCUAUAUUUUACAUUAUACAGGUUUCAUCUUUGUCAAGUUAUAGCCUGUUCAUCACUUUGCUACAUCACCAUUUCCUGGGCAGCUCUCCUUCCCCUCAGUGCUAUAAAGUUUGUUCUCUUAACUUUGCAAACUGUUCUGAGCAUUCUGAACAAUCCAAGAGAGUGUACAAGUUCAUUUCUUUAUCAGGUAAGUUUUUGACAAAUUUAAAAAAAGUCAUGCAAAAUCAAUCUUUUAGAUUUAUUUAAUUACUCUACACUUUGAAAGCCUGGUACCCACCCCAAACUUCUUUUGCUUCAGGAGGCUUCAAAUAUUUAAUGCUUGAAUGUUAACUCACUGUGGCAAUCUUGAUUGCUAACGCAAGUGCAAUUCAUUUAGGACAAUAAUAGGCCCUUAAGAACUAGGCUAACAUCCUACAAACACCACAGGCCUGACUGGCUGGCAGUUUUGGGGGGCUCUAUGAAAACAAAGGUGACAGAGCCUUCGAAAUGAGUAGCCAAGCUUUAAGUGGAGUCUCAAGUUUUGCCACUCAGUGUCUCUAAGCUUACACAUAACCAACAGCUGAGAAAGCUCUAACAUUAAGCCACCUCUCCCCCCUUUCCUUCCUGUGGCUCCUUUGCAGACUAGAGGUUGAUUAAGACCAAAGGGGUGAGAGAAAACCAAAUGGUAAAAAACGGGGAUGACCACGGGAAGGAAAGGAUAAAAUACAUACAAAUGCACCAAAACUGUGAUAUAUAAAACUUUUAAAAGUCCAACUUGUGUACCAAUUUUCUAAAGAGUGGGCCAAACAUUUCUUGAAAUAUGCUCUUAUUCUCAGAUAGUUUAUAAUUAGACAGAACACUUUACAACCAUGGAAUAUCUCUAAUGUUACAGGUAGCUCUGGAUGGUCUUGGGAAGCUACUCAAGUGUCCUGCAACAUGGAAUGUUUUAUCAAUAUUAGAGAAACAAGAUACACUGACAAAAUAUAUGGGAAUAUUUCUUGAAAAGGAAAGAUCUACUGAUGAUGUCAAUAUAACUGCUCGGAUGCUGGAGGUUAUUGACGAUGCUGAUGUCCUUCAUGCCAUCCUGAAUUUACCAGAUAAACAUGUCGUUGGAAAAUUGGCCAAGUAUUUACUGGACCUCUUACCUCCCAUCACUUCAUCAGCUGGUAAGUCUAUGAUAAAAACAAGGUAAUUUUAUGUUAUCAACUGAGUUGAUAAAGUAAAUUGGCCACAGUAAAGAGUUUCAAAGUUGAUGUUUCAAGUGUUAGCCCCACUCAAUCACUCUGUUGAAGGGCUAAUGCUUGAAAUGUCAGUUUUAAAACUCUUACGAUGGCUGAUUUAUCUUAUCAACUUACUUGAUAAUACUAAAUUACCCUGUUAUAAUCUCUCACCAAUGCAGCACCAAAGUUAAUUUAGAAACUUAGCCCCUUUAAGAUAAAACAAGUCUUUGGUGAAGAUAUUAUCCAACCUAUAUAAUUACCACUGAGCAGAUUGAAUGCAAGGGAAUUCUUUGAGUAAAAGUAAUCUGGUUUUUUUGUCUUCUUACAGAAGCCCCACUCUUAGACCUCAGAUGGAAGUCCUUGAGUAUCAUUUACACAUUGCUUCAGCUGGCUAAAACUAAGGAACUCUCUCAACUGGAUGUUUUAUUUGACAGAGGGUGUUGUGAUACUGAAAAAGUUAACAGACUUUACACUGUAGUAAAAAGGAAAUUUCAGUUUGAGUAA